AUGAAAGUUACACAAUCCAGACUUAUAGGAAACAAGAAUCUUUUAUUGGGAAUGUAUCUUAGUUAUUGUGGGGUGGUUUAUAAGAAGAUUGAUCAAGUCCGUAUCGGAUUUGAACGAAAAACCAGCUACCGUCACUUUCAGAAACAACAUUGUAUUAAAAAGCUUAACAGCAGAACCCUAAAAAAUGAACAGCAAAAGCGCAAAAAGUUAUCAGCAACAACACAUUUAUUUCAAAUGCAACUGUUAGGUAGUUGGAAAAGAAAACAAAAAAACAAACAAAAAGAAUGCGGGCGAGUCUGUCUAGAACAUGCUGUCGAGGUGAAACACUCUUUAGUCAUGAAACGUAGCUAUCAGACCAUAUUUCAAGUUAUGAAUGAGAAUAUUUUGGUUUUCUUUUUCGUUGUUCAACAACAAGAAGAAAGGCAGGAGAGCGAAAUUAAAUAUAAAACAACACAAGAGGCACUUCUUGGCUAUGCCUUUCUUAAAUAUUUGUUGUUCACAAAAUACGUCGUCGUUUUGUGCUGA